CCGGGAUAUUUAUUAUUUUAAUUACACUAAAAAUUUACAAUAAAAUCCACAUAUUUGCUUAGCAAGAACAUGUUACUGGUUCCUUCGCCAAUAAUAAAACCAUAAAGUGUACGUAAUCAUGGGUUUAAGGAAGAAAAAGAACAUAAUUACCUUAACAAUUUGUAUGGUAAUUAGUUUUAUUCUUUACCAACUAUAUUUCUUUCUAUCCAUUACUUCGGCUGGUAGUGGUGACAGAGUGAUUCCAGUUCACGUCGCGGACAUAGAAAACGUAGUGCACGUGCGGGCAGAAUCUGAUAAAUACAUAAAUGACCAUGGAGUCAUAAAAGGCGUGCUUUACUACACAAUGCCGCAGUAUAGGCCCGAUGCGAAAGGGGAGUUUAAAUGUUUGAAAUCAGAUGAGUAUAUUCCAUUUGAGCAAGUGAAUGAUGACUACUGUGACUGUGAAGACUCCAGUGAUGAACCUAGUACUAAUGCCUGCGUAAAUGGGACAUUUUACUGUGAUAGCCAGAGCAGUAAUAAGAGGGUUGCUCCUAAUACUGUCCCUUCCAGUAAAGUGAACGACGGAAUUUGCGACUGCUGUGAUGGCUCAGAUGAGUGGUUACGGGAAAACGAUGUCAAAUUACUUAGUCAAGCCAAUAAAAGACAUUACAGAUAUUAUGGCAGCAAAUGCCUUAAUCAAUGUUGAUUACUUAACUACUUAUGUUUGUGUAUAUUUCGUUUUUAGCUUUGUACAACUGAAGCCUCUAUAUGUCAGCUAUUCCA